UCUUAAAUCUAAUAAAUUAUAUGGUAACUACUACUAGAUUUCUACUCCAAAGUUUCCUUUCCUUUCCUUUUGAUGAUCCAAAAAAGAUUCCUAGUCCAACCAAACUGAACAACUACUUCAUACAUAUACAUGUGUUUCAACCUGUGCCAGCUAACCUUAUGUCAGACACAAUAAGCUGUUACAUCUUCACUAGAUCUCUUUUCUUUCAUACUCUAUAUAUAAUAUAUUCAUAUUCCUCCUGUAUUUAUUUUUAUACUAAUAGUUUAAUACUAUAGCUGAAUCUUGUCUCAUUGUGUUUCUUUUUUUAUUUAACUUCUACCAAUAAUUGUUCAACAUUACUUGUUCAAAGGCUUCAUUUUCAUGACCAAGUUGGCUAGUUAGUUUAUUAAUUUCAACAAGUUUCUAUUUUUGUGAUAUGCUUAGAGUUGUGAAUGGAUGGUAAUAAGCAUCAUCAAGGUGGUGAAGUAAGCAUGAUUGAGAAGAAAACAGAACAAGUGGUGGUGGCAAUUUCAAAUGAUCAUGACCAUGAUCAUGAGUUCAAAGGGAUUGAAUCUUCACCUCGCUACGCUUCAAAGUCACCACCUUUUAACUGUGCUUCUCCUGAGAUAAGAUUCAUCCCUAGCCCAAAUAAACCCCCUAAAGUUCCCACUACAAAUGAAAAUCGUACUCCAAGAAAAAAUCUUGCAAGAUCAGUGUAUUCCAAGCCCAAAUCAAGAUUUGGUGAACAACCUUACCCUAUUGAUGGAACCCUUUUUGAAGAGAAUGUUACUUCACCACAUAGGAACUCAUUACAUUCACCGAAUAACAAAUUUGGAACGGUAAAUAGAACUGUUUCAAUUACUUCUGUCGUCACUCCUAGAACACCUUUUUUGGCUUCUCCAGGUCCUGCUGGUGAAGAUCCCGAUGAAAUCAUUUACAAGAAAGUUGAAUUUAGUAAAGGCAAGCGUAAGAGACUAACAACUAAGGUUUUGAUUGAAUCGUUCGUGUUUGUGUUCAUCGCGGGUAGCUUGUUGGCUAGUUUAACAGUUGAGGAACUAAAAAGGACAAAAAUUUGGAGUUUAGGGCUUUGGAGGUGGUGUAUGCUUGUGAUGGUGACCUUUUGUGGCAUGUUAGUUACCAAAUGGUUCAUGCACAUUGUUGUUUUCUUGAUUGAAAUGAACUUCUUGUUGAAGAAAAAGGUGCUUUAUUUUGUCCAUGGAUUGAAGAAAUGUGUCCAGGUUUUCAUUUGGAUUGGUUUGGUGCUUCUCACAUGGGUGCUUUUUAUCAAUCGCGGGGUCCAACGAUCUAAAUUGGCAGCAAAGAUUUUAGAUGGUGUAACAUGGACUCUUGUUUCACUUCUCAUUGGAGCAUUUCUGUGGCUCAUAAAAACAACGUUGCUAAAGAUUCUGGCGUCAAAUUUCCACGUCAAAUCUUUCUUUGAUCGAAUUCAAGAAUCGAUCUUCCAUCAAUACGUUCUGCAGACUCUCUCUGGGCCUCCACUUAUGGAAGAGGCUGAGAAAGUCAAUGGAACUCAAAGUAUUAGCCAUUUUAGUUUCAGGAGUACAACCAGUAAAGGUAGCACAAAGAAAGAGGUUAUUGAUAUGGCAAAGCUUCAUAGGAUGAAGCAAGAGAAAGUUUCCUCGUGGACUAUGAAGAUUUUAGUAGAUGCAGUGAUGAAUUCGAGGCUGUCCACAAUCUCUAAUUCACUAGAUGAAACUUUUUAUGAUGUAGACAACGAACAAAAUGAUAAAGAAAUUACUAAUGAGAUGGAAGCAACUGCUGCUGCCUAUUACGUUUUCAGGAAUGUUGCUGCUUCCGCUAGUUGCAAGGACAUCGAUGAGAAUGAACUUCGUAGGUUUCUGAUUAAGGAAGAAGUUCCUUUGGUAUUUCCACUACUGGCACAGGCAGAAACUGGGCUAAUUACCAGAAAAUCUUUAGCAGAUUGGGUGUUAAAGGUAUAUCAAGAACGUAAAGCACUGGCGCAUGCAUUAAGCGACACCAAAACAGCUGUUAAACAAUUAAACAAGCUUGUGACAGUGGUUCUAGUAGUGGUGACCAUAGUAGUGUGGCUUCUUCUAAUGGAGAUUGCAACAACAAAAGUACUUGUGUUCCUGUCAUCUCAGCUAGUACUUGCGGCUUUCAUGUUUGGAAAUACGUGCAAGAAUAUAUUCGAAGCCAUCAUCUUCGUGUUUGUAAUGCAUCCAUUUGAUGUUGGCGAUCGGUGUGUUAUAGAUGGCAUUGAGCUAUUGGUUGAAGAAAUGAAUAUAUUGACAACAGUAUUCUUGAAACUUAAUAAUGAAAAGGUGUACUAUCCAAACUCUGUCCUAGCCGUAAAACCGAUCAGCAAUUAUUACAGAAGCCCUAGUAUGGGCGACACCGUAGAGUUCUCGGUUGAUUUUAUGACACCAGCAGAGAAAAUUGGAGCACUGAAAGAAAAAGUAAAGAGGUAUUUGGAGAGAAAUCCACAACAUUGGUAUCCUAAUUUUGGUUUGGUAGUGAAGGAGAUUGAAAAUGUAAAUAAGAUUAAGAUGGGUCUUUAUGUUACUCACACAAUAAACUUUCAAGAGUUUGGAGAGAAGACGAAGCGGAGAAGUGAACUAGUGAUGGAAGUAAAGAGAAUAUUUGAAGAGCUCAAUAUAAGAUACAACCUUAUUCCACAAGGUGUUCAUCUCAGACACUUGGAACCUGAUACAAGUUAUCUCAAAUCAUGAUUCUUAAUUAUUGCUAUGCAACUUCAUGUAUGUGCUUCUUUUGUUUCUUUGAUCCGUCAAAUACCAUCAGUUCUUUUUGUUUGGUUGAUUAAUUCAUGAAUCAUGAUUCUUAAGAGUAGUUCUAUAUAGUGAAAGUAAAGGCGUUAACAGGCAAUGUUAACAAUAUUUUCACAUAUGUAUUCUAUAUCAGUUUGCAUAUGCUGAAUUUUGGUACAUAGUUUCAUUGAAUUCAAAACAUUUUGUACAUUA